CUACGUGCGUGUUCUCCAGUGACUAGUAUAAAUUAGUGAGGAGGCGGCCUGUAUUCUUUAGCUGCAGUGCGGUGUAAGUGUUUUGGAGAUUUAGUGUUCGUGUGACUGGUAUUUGUAACUUAUCUUGGUUCCAAAAUGUCUCUCUCUACCAAGCUUACACUGGAUAAGGUUGAUGUCAAGGACAAGAGGGUUAUUAUGCGGGUUGACUUCAAUGUCCCUAUGAAGGCCAAUAAAAUCACAAAUAACCAAAGAAUCAAAGCUGCUAUUCCUUCAAUCAAGUAUUGUUUAGAUAAUGGAGCGAAGUCUGUGGUUUUGAUGAGCCACUUGGGUCGGCCAGAUGGUGUACCUAUGCCAGAAAAAUACUCGCUGGAACCAGUAGCAGCAGAACUUAAAGCCCUGCUGGAAAGGGAUGUUACAUUUCUGCAUGACUGUGUUGGAGAAGAGGUUGAGAGAGCCUGUGCUGAUCCUGCCCAUGGUAGUGUCAUUCUCCUGGAAAAUCUACGUUUCCAUGUGGAGGAGGAAGGUAAAGGAGUGGAUGCUUCAGGGAAGAAGGUUAAGGCAGAUGCUGCUCAGGUCCAGGCUUUCAGAGCUUCCCUUUCUAAACUGGGAGACGUUUAUGUCAAUGAUGCCUUUGGAACUGCGCACAGAGCUCAUAGUUCUAUGGUUGGUGUGAACUUGCCACAGAAAGCUGCUGGGUUUUUAAUGAAGAAGGAACUGGAUUAUUUUGCAAAAGCCCUGGAGAAUCCAGAAAGACCCUUCUUGGCUAUCCUUGGUGGUGCCAAAGUACAAGAUAAGAUCCAGUUGAUAGAUAAUCUGUUGGACAAAGUGAACGAGAUGAUUAUUGGCGGAGGCAUGGCUUUCACAUUCCUCAAAGUACUUCACAAUAUGGAGAUUGGCAAUUCCCUGUAUGAUGAAGAGGGUGCAAAGAUAAUUAAGGAUCUAAUGGCAAAGGCAGAGAAGAAUUCUGUGAAAAUCAAUUUGCCUGUCGACUUUGUCACUGCUGAUAAAUUUGACGAGAAUGCAAACACUGGAACAGCCACUGUGAAAUCUGGAAUACCUGCAGGCUGGAUGGGAUUGGACUGUGGUCCUCUGAGCUCUAAAGCAUUUGCAGAAGCUGUUUGCAGGGCAAAACAGAUUGUAUGGAAUGGACCAGCUGGUGUAUUUGAAUAUGAAAAAUUUGCCACUGGUACAAAAGAUCUGAUGGAUAAAGUAGUAGAAGCGACACACAAUGGAUGCAUCACCAUUAUUGGUGGUGGAGAUACAGCCACAUGCUGUGCCAAGUGGGGUACAGAGGACAAAGUCAGCCACGUCAGUACUGGAGGCGGUGCUAGCUUGGAGCUCCUAGAAGGCAAAGUUCUUCCUGGUGUGGAUGCCCUGAGCAACAUGUAAUGUGGUUCUGACAUGGGACAUGUCUCCAUUUGGACACUUUAAUACUAAAGUGCAAUAGAGAUCCUAAGUAAAAUCUGUCUCACUGGUCUUGAGACAGGCUGCUAUUUUGGGAUUUAUCUGCAUACUGUAGUUUGAACAGGAAUAGAAAGCACUUUUGUGCAUCUUGCCUUUGAAAGGUUCUGUCAACAUGCUGUAAUUUUGCUAAAUUAUUUUUGCAGUGCUUUUGAAGUCCUUAAAGUAAUUGCUAAAUAAAACUUUGCAACAGA